GAACAUCUCUGAUAUCCCGGGAAAACAACAUGUCGUCAAACCUAAAAGAGUUUGUCCUAGGAGGAUUAGCAGGAUCAGGAGCAUGCCUUUUCACAAACCCUUUAGAAGUUGUGAAAACACGAAUGCAGUUACAAGGAGAACUCAAAGCUCGAGGGUCGUAUGCUGUGUAUUACAGGAAUGUAUUCCACGCAUCUUACACUAUUGCUCGUCACGAAGGAAUAUUAGCCUUACAGAAAGGACUAGCCCCAGGGAUUUGCUACCAAGUAAUAAUGAAUGGCGCGAGACUCGGUUCUUACCAAGUUUUCACCAAUACUGGACUGACUUUAGGUCAAGAUGGUCAACCUGUGUUUCUGAAGUGCUUGGUUGCUGGAGCAAUCUCAGGCGCACUGGGAGCAUUUUUGGGAAGCCCCGUUUAUAUGAUGAAGACCCAGCUCCAGUCACAAUCAGCACAGCAAAUUGCCGUCGGACAUCAACAUUCUCAUAAAGGUUUUAUUGCCCCUUUAAAGAGCACUUACUCCACUUUCGGUAUCACAGGACUAUGGCGUGGCGUUAGCAGUGCAAUGGCAAGAGUCAUGGUUGGCUCAGCAGCGCAGUUAUCCACAUUUUCCAAAGCAAAAGGCUACAUAGAAAAUACCCACAUUUUUGCUGAAAAGAGUUGGCUUGUUCCUGCUUGUGGGAGCAUGAUUAGCAGUGUUGCCGUGGUGAUGUGUAUGACACCCUUCGAUGUAGUAGCAACAAGAUUAUACAACCAAGGGACUGAYCGUACAGGCAAAGGACUUGUUUAUCGAGGAUUUUUGGACUGUUUUUGGAAGGUAUUCAAGAAGGAAGGAGUAUUGGGGUUUUAUAAAGGUGUUGGYCCACAUUAUUUCAGAAUAGGACCACAUACUAUUCUAAGUCUGCUGUUUUGGGAUGAAUUGCGAAUGGCUUAUGCAUAUUACUUUGGGAAAUCUGAUGAAAAAUAAGAGGUAAGGACAAUAAGGGGGUUCCAGGACAGMCUCUUUCCCAGGACCUUAUCUMUUCAUUUGGGGGGUCUGGGAAAGAGGUUCAGUUGGAUGRACAUGAGAGGAAGAGGAWCRCAUUUGUAAAGCAAUUUKMAGAUACAAAACUUUCUGUCAUUGUGUGAAUGGGGCCUGARAURCAUUUUGAUCAAGUUGGCUUUAAAGGACAUGGUCCACUAKYAUGCAAUGCGGUCGUGUUUUAGAUUUUUCAUAUAUGGAAAAUGAGGUGACUUCGAAUAUCCAUUUGCAAUCCGU